UGCAGUGCAGUGCCUCUUGAAGCUCAAUGUGACGCCUGCCUUGAUUCCAUGGAUCUGCAACUUCAUGACUGACCGUCGUCAGAGAGUACGCUACCAUGGGCAUUUCUCUGAAUGGGAAUAUCCAACAUGUGGGGUUGCACAGGGAACUGUACUGGGGCCAAUUAUUUUCUUAGCACUGAUAAACAGUGCCCUCAAUGAUGUAAAACACCACUGGAAAUAUGUGGACGACAUGACCUUGGCCCAGUCUUGGACACCCCAGCAGCCCUGUAGUCUCCAAGAGACCCUAAAUGACCUUGACAUCUGGGUCAAAGACCACAAAAUGAAACUCAACCCGAAGAAAUGUAAAGUUGUCCAUGUCACCCAUAUGAGAAACCCUCCUGCUCUGCCAGCUCUGCUCAUUGAUCAGAACACCCUAGACAGCUCUGAAACAGUUAAAGUCCUGGGGGUCACCAUCCAACAGAACUUAAAGUGGGAUAGUCAAGUGAACCAUAUGCUCACUUCAGCCAAUAGGAAGCUCUUUGCCCUUCGACGUCUGAAGAAAUUUGGAGUCCUGGACUCUGAAUUGGUAUCCAUCUUUUCAGGCUAUGUGAGGCCUGUGCUGGAAUAUGCUGCCCCGGUAUGGCACAGCUCACUGACAACAGCACAAGAAAAGGUACUAGAAAGUAUCCAGAAACGGGCUUGUAAAAUUAUCCUUGGUCGGAGGUACUCGGGGUACCCAGAGGCCCUUACUACCCUUGGACUGUGCACAUUAACAGAAAGGCGCACUCAACUAUGUCUGGGCUUUGCCAAAAAGCUGAUGAAGUCCAGCUACAGAGACUGGCUACCUCCCCUUAGAGAAACGCUAACUGAUCGGAAAACAAGAAAUUCAAAUAAACUGUCCAUUCCUACAUGCAGAACCGAGAGAUACAAAAAAUCAUCAAUCCCAUACAUGUGUGGACUCUUAAAUGGACCCUAAAAUGACAAUGGAUUGCAGAUGUCGCCUAUUUGACAUAUUUUAGCUUAUGUAUAUAAUGUUUUUUAAUGAAUGUAUUUAUUGUAACAGCAUAUUGUAAUUCAGUGUUUAUGAUGACAGCUGUUUGUAUGUCCUUAUGAACCUGCAAUAAUGGCUGAAAUUCAAAUAAACUAAAUGAUAGCUGGGAUAUGAGUGAUGCACAGGUGGUGUGUAGACAGCUGCAUUGUGGAAGAGCUGUCUCUGCCCCCAAAGGAGCCAGCUUUGGCAUGGGGAGUGGGAACAUCUGGAUGGAUGAUGUCAGCUGUACUGGUUCUGAAGGAUCCCUUACAGAGUGCUCCCAUAGUGGCUUAGGAACACACAACUGUGGCCAUGGUGAAGAUGCUGGUGUGGUGUGCUCAGAGUUUGCCAGUCAGACCACUAUACCUUUGCCAGCACCACCACCCAGCAAGCUUCAUCAACUCCAGCCAUGCCGAGUUUACCAGUCAGACAUAGGCCUACACCUCUGUCAAAUUCGCUCACAAUGCUGCCAGUAACACCCCAGCAAGGUAGAACUGCAUUUUCAUUAAUCUGGCACCAAUAUCAAGGGAGAAACAAGCCAUGAAUGUCUGUCACAACUUCUUUGCAUCUUUACUUUCCUUACAUCUGAAGAGUGUGUUGCAUAGCCUAUUUAUAUCAUUAUUAAAAAUAAUUUUAACAAAUUGUUUAAGCAUGUACAAUAAAUAAAGCAUGUAAAUGAGCAUGUAAAAUAAAUAAACAAAAGCAAGUAAAAUAAAUAAAUAAACAAAAUGUAUUGAACCUAAUACUAUGUGUGGUGAGUCUGUGUGAUAGUUGCUGAGGAUAAAUGUUUUUAUAUUGGAUUAUUCAAUUACAGAAUACAUUUAUAGGUUUCUCAUCAGCAGGCACUGUCUUCACCUUAGUAAAUUUGGUAACUUUGGUAAGUCCUGUAAAUAAUUGUAAAUUGUUCUGAUUGAGGGCAAAUGGAAAGUGU